CUUUACGGCAAAGCCGCCCGGCGGGGCAGGAGGCGCUGGUGGGGCCGGUCCCGCCAUGGACCGGAGGAAGAAGCCGCUGGACGUGGCCGCGUCCUCGCUGGUAGAUCUCAAAGCCGAACUCUUCCGAAAGCAAGAGGAGUUCAAGAAAGAAAAGCUGCUGAAAGAUGCUGGUGUCUUUGCAAAGCCCAGAACCUUUAAUAAGAAACCGAAUAUCUGGGCCAAACAGAACACCGGAGUUGUAAAUCGAGCUGCAAAAGAUGUUGAGCAGAAGGCAGAAGAGCAAGAUAUAUUGGAUCAAUCAAGGAAGAAGCUUGAAGAGAAAGCAAAGCUGUAUGAGAAAAUGGUAAAAGGCGACUUUCCAGAUGAAGAAACUGAGGAUUUGUACCUGGUAGAUUUCACUCAGAAGAUCAUAGACAAACAGCACGAAGUACAGGAGCUGCAUCAGAGCGAAGCUGCUGGGAAGACUUCAGAAAGAGACACAGAUGAGGAGGAAAUUCAGCCUGAAGCAGACAUUCCACCGCCAGAGGACCCAGAUGAAGAAUGGGUUGAUUAUGUUGAUUUCUUGGGCCGAUCUAGACGCUGUAUGAAGAAGGAUUUACCAAGUCUACUUAAAAUGGAUCAGGAACUUCAAGGGAAAAGACAAGAACCUGAUGGGAAUACUCUGUUAUCUGAAGACAUGAGAAGAGAGCUUCAGAGGCAGCAGUGGGAAAAGGAAGAAGAAGAAGCCCUCAGAAAACCCAUGGGACCCAUACAUUAUGAGGAUAUUCGAGAAAAUGAGGCCAGGCAGCUCGGUGUUGGUUACUUUGCCUUUUCUCGGGACCAAGAGCUCAGGCAUAAACAACGGGCAACCCUGGAUAUGCUGAGGGAGCAGACGCUUGAUCAGAGAAAUAAACGUGAACAGCUGAAGGAGAAGAGGAAGGCAGCUCUAGAUGCAAGGCUGUCCAAACUUCGAGCACGGAAGAUUAAAAAGUUAAGGGAAGCUGGGUUAGAGGAAGAGGCAGAAAAACUGGAGAAUGGAGAGGUGAAGGGUGCUGCUGAGGAACCAGAACCUCCUAAGGUUACUUCAGCAAGUAGGAAAGUCGAGGUUAUCAUCCAGGAGAGGAGAGAUACAAAGCCUGGAGUGCCUUAUGUCCGAGAGUGGGAUAAAGGCAAAGAACUGAUGUUUGGACAAUGGGAAAAGAAACAGGAAGAACUAAGAGAUGAGCGAGACCCAGAAUUUGCACCACCAUCUGAUUACUUUUUGGGACAAAAGAAAGAUGAUUAUUACCGAAGUAGGAAUUUGAACAGUUCUGAAACAACCUCUGAAAAACUGGAAACAGAGGGAGCACAAAACCGACAGAGGCCAUCGGCGCAGGGCAGCAGCAGCAGCGCUGGAGACGUGCCACUGUCAGCACAGGCUUCCAACAGCAACAUUCCAGAUAAGCCAGGGUCAGCAGAGCCCGGUGACCAUGACACUCAGGGCGUGUCAUCAGCAGAGGAUGACAGCAGCGACGAUGAGGACGUGCUACCACCAGCACAGGCUUAUGGCUACGGUGCCCGAGCUGUGCCACCACCACUGCGGGGUUAUGGCUACAGCACCCAGGGCGUGCCACCGCCCAUGCCAGCCUACGGCUACGGCGCUCCUGAGGUGCCCUUCCCAGUGCAGGCUUAUGGCUAUGGAGCACCAGGAAUGGUGCCACCAAUGCAUGGGUAUGGCUACAGCGCUCCUGAGAUACCCUUUGCAAUGCAGGCUUAUGGUUACAGCAGCCAGGAUGUCCCACUGGGAAUGCAGACCUGUGGAUGCAGCAGCCAGGGUGUGCCACCAGGAAUGCAGACCUGCGGCUUCAGUGCCCAUGAUAUGCCGCCAGGAACACAGGUCUGUGACCUCAGCAGCCAAGAUGUGCCACCAGGAACAGACACCUGUGUCAGCAGCACUCAGGAUGUGCCACCAGGAACAGACACCUGUGUCAGCAGCACCCAGGAUGUGCCACCAGGAACAGACACCUGUGUCAGCAGCACUCAGGAUGUGCCACCAGGAACGCAGGCCAGUGGCUGCAGCACUCAGGAUGUGGCACCCCCAGUGCAGACUGACAGCAGUGACACGCCAAAUCAGGAACCACUUUACCAAAGUUUAGAUGAUAUGCUCUCUUAUUAUAGACAAGUGACUUGAGCUGAGCAAAAAGAUAAACAAGAACCAUGAUCUAAAGUACUGAAAUAUAAUUAGUGCUCAGCAGAAUUAAUAUUUUCCCACAUAUGGGAAAAAUAAGUUUCUGUAAGUACAUCAGAAUAAAUCUCCUGGACACUUAAGCUGUUUUACAUCACAGCUAUAUUUUGUCCCGUUGUUUUUUGCUGUUUUUUUUUGUUCUUACCUCUUUACUAAAAUUUAACUGAUAUUUACACCUGAAUUUAAGGGUAUAUUAAUAACUUUCUUUCAAGAGAUAAACCCCUUUAGUUGGUUGCUCUCAGGUGGCUUCUGGUUUGGAGGUAUUACAAGUUCAGUCACAUGCAUAGAAACUGUAUGGAAAUGGUAAGUCCUCUGCUGUCAAAUACAGAAUGAUUCUGUUUCUUACUUAA